CAAAAAGCAGUCUCAUUAGCAAUGUGGUGAGUGCUCUUUAACUCAGAUAUCGUGAUCAAUCUAUCAUAUAUAUUUCGUAAUAGGAUUUGGCUAUAUUGGCUCAACAUCUGCUACUUGCGAACAUUUUUGUUCUGGAGAUGGGAAUGGGUUUUACGAUGGCAACACUGAUAUAUUGGCCUAUUUUGCUCUUCGCCCCUCGUUUUCUACCAGCAGUUGUAUUAACAGCAGAUGCAUCGCGACAUAACCCCGGUUCCUACGACCUGAGCCGUGCUGCAAAGACCUCAGUGACUUGGCUAUCCCAUGUCGUCUACUACUGCCUUUCGCGGCACCAUCUACGGCCAUCGGUUUUACAGUAUAAGAACUGCUACGUACUAUGCAUGAUGGCACAAGUAGAGCCAGCCUCACUUAUUCUAAAGAGACCCUAAAAGGAUCAUGGCGGAGAUCGCGCCACGGGGAGGAUUCUUGUGCGGUUAAUUGCUAGGAUCAAGCAUGGGAUUCAUGGAUACCUGUAAAUGCGUGGUAGUGCUGCUCGCCCUGCAGGCAGUUGGUAGCUUGCACCAGGCUAG